AUGAAACAAAAUUUUAAUUUUAUACAAUCAAUUCGACUUUCCACAAGAACUGAUGAUGAUUUCUGUUCAAACAAUGCAAUACGAGGUAUUCUUUGGAAUAUAGUUUAUUUUCCAUGCGAUUUGUACGCAGAUUGUAAAGAUAAUAAUGUUGAAAAAAUUAAAGAGUACAUACAACACGUACCGAUUAGUCAAAUCAAUCAUGUAGAAUCAAAUGGGAGUACAUCGUUGCAUGUAGCUGCUUACUAUGGAUUUAACGAGUUAGUUAAACUAUUGCUAAAAAAUGGUGCAUCACGUUCAAUCAGAAACAAACAUAAUUUAACUGCUUACGAAGAAGCACGAACGUCGACAAUUAGAGAGAUUUUCAAACGAUUUAACGAUGAAGAUCGAUUUCUUAGCAAUAUAGAUAUCAAUUAUGAAUGGAUACUCGUCUGCGAAGAAACAUUUCUACAGCGAGAACAUUUUCGUCAACAAUUAUUAAAAACAUUUGCUAGGGAUAGUACAGAGGAUCUAUCUACUAAAUUCGAUACUGUAUAUGAUAGAAUAAAAGAACAUUAUAUAAUUCUAUUUGAGCAAGAGAAUUUACCACAAAGACAACAGUUAUUGAUUGAUUGGUUUUUCAUGAACGCUAGUAUUGAAAAAAAUCCAAUUUGGAUCGUAAAAGCAUAUACAUCAACAACAGAUUUUUAUAAAAUUCUCAAUCGUCAUUUGGCCAUGUACGUUUUAGAAUAUUUUCAUCCAACCCUAAACAAAUCAAUUGAUUACAAACUUGUCAAUUGUCUCAUUGAUUUUGUAGGAAUCUUUAUUCAUAGCGAUGGUCUGGAUAAGCUUAACUAUGUAGGCCAAUGUUAUCGUGGAAUGUUGAUGACAAAAGAUGAUAUUUCUCAAUAUACCAUCGGUUCACAAGUCAUGAAUAUGACUCUUUUAUCAACUUCAAAGCAGAAGACGAUAGCAGAAAUUUAUGCAGGCGAUGGUCAGUCUAAACUAAUGAGACAAACACCUGAUUUUAAACUAAUCCAUUUUUCUACCGUAUGUACUUAUACAGUUAGAAAUAAGCAUACAGCACUCGACAUUCAUCAAAUAUCGGAAGUAACGGAUGAAGAAGAGAUAUUGAUACUACCAUUCUCAACAUUUCGUGUAACAAGUAUGAAACAAAACGAUCCGAAAAAGAAUGGUAUCUUGAUUGAACUUGAACUAGAAGAAUGUUGUGAAUCAUGA